AAGUGUGCGGCUGUGCAGUUAUCCUGAUCUCACAGGAAUGGUAGGACUCACAGCUUAUCACGUUAGCCAGAUAAGCAGACGUUUUCGGCUGUCGAUUUUAUAGGUUGUUUAGGUAGCUAGAUGUUGCAUAGCUUGAUGAUGGCAAGCUAAACGGUCGCGCAAGACGAGGAUUUGGUUCAGGGGCCGCUUUAACAGUCUGACAUUGUAUUAUGACCAGUUUCACAAGCCACACACUGAGUCAGUGAGUGACACACUGGACUGAAACUAAUAAUUUGUUUUGACUUCUCUCUCCGGUCUCUACCACGGUCCAACAAAGGAUAUACUUGUACAAAGUCGGGAAGCAUGAGCUUUCUUUUUGGCAAUCGGUCGUCAAAGACAUUCAAGCCUAAGAAGAACAUCCCAGAGGGAUCUCAUCAAUAUGAGUUGCUCAAACAUGCCGAGGCUACAUUGGGUAGUGGGAAUCUACGUAUGGCUGUCAUGCUGCCCGAUGGGGAAGACUUGAACGAGUGGGUGGCAGUCAACACCGUAGAUUUCUUCAACCAGAUCAACAUGCUCUAUGGCACUAUAACAGACUUCUGCACAGAGGAGAGCUGCCCUGUCAUGUCUGCGGGCCCUAAAUAUGAGUACCAUUGGGCAGAUGGAACCAACAUCAAGAAGCCGAUCAAGUGCUCAGCUCCGAAGUAUAUUGAUUACCUAAUGACCUGGGUGCAGGACCAGCUUGAUGACGAGACACUCUUCCCAUCUAAAAUAGGUGUCCCGUUCAAGCGUAACUUUAUGUCAGUGGCUAAAACCAUCCUGAAGCGCCUGUUCAGGGUCUACGCCCACAUCUACCAUCAGCACUUUGACUCUGUGAUGCAGCUCCAGGAAGAGGCACAUCUCAACACAUCCUUCAAACACUUCAUCUUCUUUGUUCAGGAGUUUAACUUGAUUGACAGGAAAGAGCUGGUGCCACUACAGGAGCUGAUUGAGAAGCUAACCACCAAGGAUAGAUAAACCGAGACUGACUGAUCCUUUCAAUUCUGUGAUAGUCGCUAUUCUUUUUGCACAGAUACCUGCUCUGCCCUGCCAUGCGCUGGCUUUAUAUAUACAGUUUAUGCUAACUUUGGGGAAAUGUUCUUUAGAAAGCCAGGUAAGUAGGAAAGAGUCUUGCACUGGGGAAAAACUACAAUUGACUUUUAUACUGCUGUCUGAGCUGGUGUGUGCUCAAUAUGGUUGAAUGAAUUGGAUUGUUUGCAAUUUGGACACAUCCUUGAAACUAAAAUCAUAGGUACGCAUUAGCUAGUUCUGUUUGGUGUAUAUUUAUAUGAUGCAUAUUUAAAUUCACCACAGUCACAUUCGUACAUAGAGGGUAUGUAGAAAUUUACGGACUGCGUAACUAUUGAACACAACUAUUUGAACAUAUUUGUCACUUUGGUGAAAAUGUACAUCCUUACAUUUGGUUGAAGAAAUUACCCCAUUGCCUGGUCUUUGAAUAAAGACAUGACUGGCUUUUAUGGAUUGUGAGAUUACCGAAUUCAAAUCAAGUUAACAUUAAAACAAGAAUUGAGAGAGUGAGCUAUAUGUAGCCCAUCAAAACAUCAGUUGAUAAAACUCAUUAAACAGAGUAGGUAUAACCCAUGAAACAGAAUUGAUCAUAUUUUGAAGUGCCUGAUUAUUUUUCACACAAAACAACAACAAAUGCACAACAUACUAGUGGCUAAGAAAGGUAACAUUUGCUCAUACUGGCUUUCUGUGAGGUUUCAUUGAAGUGUGUUACUUUAAUGUUACUAUAUAAAAAAACAGCUUUAAUAUAAAUGGAGAAGUAACAGUAUGAGGUUGGGGUUAUUUUGUAAGUCUAAACACAGCUAGAGUAGUUUAAACUGUUACAAUACUGGUAAUAAAUGUCCAUAUCUCUAAUUGAUGGGCCACAUACAGUAUAAAAGAUUGUGUUUGAGGUUAAGAGCACCAUAUUUACGGCCUGGUGUAGAUCUGCUUGUCGUCUGACAUAGCACUGGGUGACAUGGAGUUGUUACUGAGGUUACCAUAGUCACAAUACUUUGUAAUCCAAGAUGGGUAAGCCCUUUGUCAUUCUUCUUACCAGCCCUGAAGCACUUUGUGAACAAAGGUAUACUGACCUCUUUAUUUUUUUUUCCUGAAUGUUUGUCCUAUACACUGGUUCUGCACAUCCUGUAUUCUGUCUCAGCUCUUUUAGAAACGGUACCAAUCUACAUAAUAUAUGCUACCGUAAUGUGUUCUUAUUCUCCCUAUAGAAUGUUACUGAAGUGAUGAAUCACCCAGUGAGAUACAACAGCACAUUAUGUGCCCCCUGCGUGUACUGUUUCAAUAGUGUGGUGAUUUCUAAUGCCUUUGUAAGGUCUUUUGAGUAAUGUAUUACUGUGCUGCAGACAGCAAAAGGAUGAAGUCCAAAAAUGAAAUUGUUUACUAUGCAAUAAUAGUCAUGCCACUCAUCAAAAUAACAAUGAUUGCUAAUUUCUAUUCAUACAUUUAAACAAAUGUUUUGUUUUUUUCCACUUUUCUCUUUUUAGGUAGUUGUUUUACUUUAAAUUUAAUGUUGGAACUCUGACACAUGGCUGUUGAGUAACUUACAUACACUAUAUAAUUGCUGUAAGAAGGUAAAGCAAAUGUUGUUUAAAUGCCAUUUUAUAUCGCUUUCUUUUAAGGAUUUGAUAUGGAGAUGCAAAUAACUUCAGUUUAGAAAUUGACACUGUAAAUAAAACAAAUAGCGAGGAAUUCGCCUUUGAUAUAUUUUGGUCACCGGCAUGAACUGGUAGUUGUAGGUCUAUUAAAAGAAUGCUAGAAUGUUAUGUCUCUUGAGGUUGUUCCUUCAGCGUUUUAAUCCAUGUCAUAGUUUCUUCCUCCUUAUCAAUGCGAUUUUGACUUAUAGCUUUAGAAAUUUAACAUGAAUGUGAUUGGAUUUGAGAACAAGGUGGUAAAGUAACAAAGCCAAUCGCAAUGCUUCUAACAAAAAAGUGUAUAUUACCCAUGCUGUAAUAUAGAGAAUCUUCUGAUAAAUUAGUUGUAAAUAUUGAUUUGGUUAAAGGUGUUGAAAGUUACUGAAAUGUAAGAUAUUGAAUGCUGUUAGCAAAUAAAGGUGUUCUUUUACCUGG